GUCACCUACAAGAUGAAGAUCAACAUGUAAUGUUUACAACUAAAAAUAAGAAAAUAUCAAGAUUUUUGCUUGAAACUGAUCAUUUUUGCUCCGUCUGGUUGAACCGUGGUUUGAUUCUUCAGAAGCUCAACCUGAAUAUUUCUUUAAAUUUUAUUAUUAAUUUUAACUCCCUGUAAGUCAAGAACUUUGAGUCAAACUUUAAUAAACGGUUCCUCCCAUCCUUGUGGGGGGAGGGGUCCCGCUGAUCUCCGGUCAGCGCCAUGGUGAUGUCACAGGGCACCUACACCUUCCUGGCCUGUUUCGCCGGCUUCUGGUUGAUCUGGGCCCUCGUCGUCAUGCUCUGCUGUUUCUGCAGCUUCCUGCAACGGAGGCUGAAGCGGCGCCACGAGGAGCGGCUCAGAGAACAGUGUCUGCGCUCCGUGGAGAUGGAGCCGCUCAGCUGCCACGCCCCCUCUGGGUUCCUGCCUGUGCCGCCGACUCUGUCACAGCUGCCGAGGGAGAUCUGCCCUCCUCAGACUCUGUCUGCGCCGGUUCCUCCUCCGAUGCCACAAGCGACCUGGAUCAGCGUGACAGAGACGGAUAUUUCUGGGAAGCCGCCCUGUUACGAGGAGGCGGUUCUGAUGGAAGACCCCCCUCCGCCUUACAGCGAAGUCCUGGCCGACCCACGAGGGGGGACCUACCUGAAGCCCGCCCUGCUUCRAGCUGCCCGGCUGCCUUUAAGGGAGAACCGUGACCCACCUCCGGUCCUCACCUCAGAGACCAUCAAGCCCCCCGUGGCCACCGUGUUCCCAGACCGGGGCUACUCCUCCUUAAUCCGCCUGCCUUCGUCUCAGCGCUGGGACUCCCUGGGUCAUCUCCUGUCCAACAUGGACCUGAACCACAACAGCCUCAGCCCCCUGGGGCCGCACCCGCUUCAGGCCACCGCCGCCACCGCCAUGGCGACCAUGCCCCGCAGAGAGCCCAGGACUCCUCACGCUGGAUUCCCAGCUGACAUGCAAGGACUUCAAGGGAGCAUACAGGAGAUCCAAGGAGGWUUUCAGGGGGUUCAGGGGGUUCAUAGACUAAGAGGUUUGGAACCYGGCUGUGGGAUGCCGACAGCCUUCCCUCUACUGGGUCGGAGCACUGCUGUCUAGGUUCGCAUUUCAUCUGAAGAUCUUCAGUUUUACUGAUCCGAUGACAGGAAGUAGAGGUUUUAUCCUCCAAUCAGCUGCAGGAGUUCUGGACUGUGACCCGUGAGUCUCAGAGGUUCUCUGGGUUCACGUCAUCGUAUUCCAGAGUCGAAGAUGUUCUGUCGCUGAGGAGGUGAAGAUGAGCAGCAGAUGAGCUGCUACUCCACAUUCCCUUUGUUUUGAUUUCCAUCUCCACCUCCUCUCUCCAUCGCUCUACGAGCCACCCAUUGUAUCGGCCCGCCGUUGCCAUGGCGCCGAAGAACCGUCUGUCGCAGACGACGACCUCCUCUCCUCUCUCUGUUCUGAUUUUUAACACUGCGCUCACAGCCUGAAUCCUCUCAAGGACUGUGAGGUUUAACACCUGUGAGUGAGCACAAAGUGACCUUCAUGUUGGGAACAGACGGCUGAGCUGAACGACGGAUCUCCACACGUCUGAACGAGUCAGCCUGGAGUCAGCCUGGAGUCAGCCUGGAGUCAGCCUGGAGUCAGCCUGGAGUCAGCCUGGAGUUAGCCUGGAGUCAGCCUGGAAUCAUCCUGAGGUUAACCUGAAAUCAGCCUGGAGUUAGCCUGGA